AUGAUACUAAAUAGAACCAGACCUAUCAUAGAUCCACUUCUUCGUUCUGGUCAAAAUGGUUUUAGACAGUCUCGAUCUACUUCGGCGCACAUUCUGGCUUUGAGGAGGAUCAUCGAAGAGAUAUCAAACCAUAAGAAGGAAGCGGUGCUAAUAUUCAUUGAUUUCAAAAUGGCAUUCGACUCCAUCGAUCGAAACCUAAUGUUCAAGAUUCUCGCUGCUUAUGGCACCCCUCUUGAAAUUGUUGAAGCAAUAAAAACUAUGUAUGUUAACACAACUGCCGUUGUCAUUAUUCCAGAAGGCAAUACUGACCCUUUUGACCUAUCAUAG